AUGUCGUCCACCGUACAGUCGGUUCAGACGUUCGGUCGCAAGAAGACCGCCACCGCCGUCGCUCACUGCAAGAAGGGACAAGGACUCAUCAAGGUCAACGGACGUCCACUCGAGUUCUUGGAGCCACAAAUCCUCCGCAUCAAGCUCCAGGAGCCACUCCUUCUUGUCGGAAAGGAACGCUUCCAAGACGUCGACAUCAGAAUCCGCGUCAGCGGUGGAGGACAUGUCGCCCAAAUCUACGCCGUCCGUCAAGCUCUCGCCAAGGCUCUCGUCGCCUACUACCACAAGUACGUCGAUGAGCAAAGCAAGAGAGAAUUGAAGAACAUCUUCGCUGCUUACGACAAGUCCCUCUUGGUUGCUGACCCAAGACGACGUGAGUCCAAGAAGUUCGGAGGACCAGGAGCCCGUGCUCGUUACCAAAAGUCUUACCGUUAA